UCGUCGCGGUGAAUGGCAGUUGCUACACGCUUGGUUUACGUAAACUUUUUAAUUGUGGAAGUUUUCAAUUAAAAUAGUGGUAACAAGUGCAAUUGGCCAACUCAACAAUGGCGGCUAAUCUAACACGUUUGCUGGAGCAUAAGUUACAGACCAGCAGUGCAGUAACAGCCCAACGUUGUGUCCGCUUGUUCAGCACGCAGCAGCAGCAGUCAGAAGUCAAUGAUGAUGAGGAGUUCCGUGUGCUGAAUCUGCGUACUGUUAAGCAGCAAGCACGCCGUCGCGAGAUCAAGAAGGAUGCAGUGCAGCCGCCACGCACCUCCCGCAUGGCUGUGGAUCAGGAUUGGACUGCUGUGUGGUCGGGACCACGCUCCUUCCACCCGGCCAGUGUGCCGCUGCCAUUGCGUCAGGGCUACACGGAGCGCGGUGCGGCGGCGCCAUCGAAGUACGCUAACGCCGAGUUGAUGAAGAUACCCAACUUCUUGCAUCUGACACCGCCGGCUAUCAGACAACAGUGUGAGGCCAUCAAGAAGUUCUGCACGCCAUGGCCUAAAGGCUUGGAGACGGAGGCCAAAUGGAAACGCCACUUUCCCAUCGAGGUGCUGAGCACAGAUUAUUGCCACAGUUUACCCACAAUAAGGCAUCCAGAGGCACGUCGUGUGACCAUUACACUGAAGCUAUCUGAUCUGCAAUUCGAUGCACAUGCCAAAGAUAAGUUUCUGCGUCUGGUGGGCGAACGUUACAACCAGGAGACGGGUGUGCUGACCUUCGUCACGGAUCGCUGUCCGACGCGCAAGCAAAACUAUGAUUACGCUUUGUAUUUGCUGACUGCCUGUUAUCAUGAAUCAUUUGUGACGGAGCCAUGGGAGGACACCAAAUCGGAGGCGGACAUGGAGGAGUAUCACUUUGAGCGCAAUCAGGCCAAAAAGUCAGCAGAGGCAAUUUUAAAUUGGAAUUCAAAAGCGGAGCAAAAAGUUGCUGCCAGUCCGAGUUACGCUACAAGUGUAGAGCAAUUGAUCAAUGAGGGCGAGAACGAGUACAACUUGGCCAAGUAUAAGGAGGAAGUGCUCAAAAUGUUGAAAAUAACUGUCUAAAUAAGCAUUUGCACAUUACUAUUUGUUAUUAACGAUAUAAUAUGAAAAUAAACAACACAGUAAACUACAAA